AUGAAGCAGGAAGCACAUCAUCCCAAUAAUACACACCUGAAUACCAACUUCGCUGCUAUCUAUAGCAACUAUAUCGGAGACUUCCCUGCUUACCAAAACUUCACCUUCCCUUUCAACUUCAGCUACGGUGAUUAUGAUCUGCUCUUGGAUGAUGAUGAUGUGACAAAGACUCGCACUUUCUUUGCUGCCAAAAUUGUCAUUGGUGUGGCACUGGCUGGCAUCAUGUUGGUCUGCGGUAUUGGCAACUUCAUUUUCAUUGCUGCUCUCGUCCGUUAUAAGAAGCUGCGGAAUCUCACCAAUCUUCUCAUUGCAAACCUGGCUAUCUCAGACUUCAUUGUGGCCAUUGUUUGCUGUCCAUUUGAGAUGGACUACUAUGUGGUGCGCCAGCUAUCCUGGGAACAUGGCCAUAUCCUCUGUGCCUCCAUCAAUUACUUGCGCACUGUCUCCCUCUACGUUUCAACUAAUGCACUCUUGGCUAUUGCUGUGGACAGGUACCUUGCCAUUGUUCAUCCACUGAAACCUCGGAUGAAUUACCAAACAGCAACCUGUCUAAUUGCUUUGGUGUGGAUUGUGUCCCUAAUCAUUGCAAUACCAUCAGCAUAUUUUGCAACUGAGACGGAACUAUUCAUGAUCAAAAACCAAAAGAAGUUUUUCUGUGGACAGAUUUGGCCAGUUGAUCAGCAGAUGUAUUACAAAUCCUAUUUCCUUUUCAUCUUUGGUGUUGAAUUUGUUGGACCGGUUUUCACCAUGACUCUCUGCUAUGCCAGAAUCUCACAGGAGCUUUGGUUUAAAACUGUGCCAGGCUUCCAGACAGAGCAGAUCAGAAAAAGGCUUCGCUGCAGAAGAAAAACUGUGCUGGUGCUCAUGUGCAUUCUAACUGCCUAUGUUCUCUGCUGGGCGCCCUUCUAUGGCUUCACAGUUGUCCGCGACUUCUUCCCCACUGUCUUUGUGAAGGAAAAGCAUUACCUGACAGCCUUCUACAUAGUGGAGUGCAUUGCCAUGAGCAAUAGCAUGAUAAACACCAUGUGCUUUGUGACAGUCAAGAACAACACCAUGAAAUACUUCAAGAAGAUUAUGCUGCUUCGGUGGAGGUCCACCUACUAUGGAUCCAAAGCUAGUGUAGAUAUGGACAUCAGAACCAGCGCAAUGCCCGUCACUGAGGAGGUGGACUGCAUUAGACUAAAAUGA